GUAUCCGGAAGCGUCUUAGAGCUCGCUUUUUCGCCUUCCGGACUGACAACGCGUUCUCUCUAAUUUGACUUGGAGCAUCUUUUCUAGGAAGUAAACACGUCCUAGUUUGAGACGCGGACCUUCCGGCAGUGCCGUAACAGCUUCCGGCUUUACCUGGCUGUAAAUAUCCUGUAUGUGGCGCCGUGUCGCCCACGAAGGCGACUGAGUUUUUAGAAAUACCCAGAAGGAUCUUACGGUAACCUACAUCGGCCCGCCAAGAUGGCGAUGCAAGCGGCUAAGAGGGCGAAUAUCCGCCUCCCACCUGAAGUAAAUCGGAUUUUGUAUAUAAGGAAUUUGCCAUACAAAAUCACAGCAGAAGAAAUGUAUGAUAUAUUUGGGAAAUAUGGACCUAUUCGUCAAAUCAGAGUAGGAAAUACACCUGAAACCAGAGGAACAGCCUAUGUGGUCUAUGAAGACAUCUUUGAUGCUAAGAAUGCCUGUGACCACCUAUCAGGAUUCAACGUUUGUAACAGAUACCUUGUGGUUUUAUAUUACAAUGCUAACCGGGCAUUCCAGAAGAUGGACACCAAGAAGAAGGAGGAGCAGCUGAAGCUUCUCAAGGAAAAGUAUGGCAUCAACACAGAUCCCCCCAAAUGAGUAACAGCCAUGUGUGGUCUUGGUUACCCUUCUCUUUUUUAUUAAUACUGAAUGAAUAUUGCAAUUUCUUAUUUG